AACGAGUACUGAGCACCUCCCGGAAGCAGAGCCCGGAAGCAGAGCCCCUCGCGUCGUUAGUCGUUCGCCACUUUUCGCCGCAUCCACGCCAUGGAGACGGCUCGAUCGCUGGGUGGAAGUAGCUCUGCUUCGAUGCCAAACAUCCUCUCCGCCGGCGCGACGCAGCUCCCCGAGAAUGCUCGAUGGGUGGCAGCACGCGGCACCGGGUGUUACCACUUCCUCAAUGCCGACCAUGUGGUGCACGACCGCUUGCAUGGAGAUUCCCAGGCGACAAUGUGGCGCCAGAGGCGGAAUCUCCAGGAGGAGCAUCAGCGGCAGAGCUUGAGGCUCCUCGAGCAUUGCGCGGACCAGUCGUCCAUGACUACACAGGAGAAGUUGCUGGCCGUGCGCACUGGUACCUAUGACAUCAAUGGCAAGGUCUUCGCGCUCGGGAAGCAGGCCACGGCGCCCCCGAAGCAGGUGGCGCGGGGGCACUGGCUGACGCAGGUCAACGGCAUGACCAACAGCUACAACAUCGUCAACGGCACGGCGUUGAACCCUGCGCUCACCCGGCACCGCGACGAGGAGAUCCGAAGGCUGGAUGAGGCAGUUCGGAAGAGCUUCCCUGCCGGCAAUGUCCAGCCGUUGCGUGACAUUGCCUGCUAUGAGAUGCCAGGCUUCGUAGCGGUCAGGCAACGACAGCUGCGAGGAGGAGUCGAGCGCAGCUACACCUUACAUAGCUCUGAGUGAGCGCAGCUUCCGCAGAUCGUUGCUCCAAUCUUUUUGCAUUCGCUGCUUUGUCAAGAACUUUGGCAUAGAACCUAUGGCCAAAUUCCAGAACUUUAAUAUUUGUGCAGAGUCUUGGUUUUGGUUCUAUUUUUUUAAGUCUGUGAAAGGUCACGGCUGUGUCUGACUCA